AUGUCUACUUUUGUUAUUGCUGCUCAGUUAGAAAUAGUUACAGAGCAAAUCAAUCGUUAUGUAACACUUUUCCUUCUUCUACUUGGUGUCAUUGGAAAUCUCUGCAAUUGUCUAGUGUUCACACAACGAAAUCUUCGCUCAAAUCCUUGUUGUGUCUAUUUUCUUGUUGCAAGUUUAGCCAAUUUAAUUCUUUGCAUAACAGCUCUUACACCUCGGUCUAUUACUGGAUGGAAUCCAAAUGCUGAUUUAACAGAAACAGUAUCAGCAUUUUGUCGACUUCUGAUGUUUCUGUUGUUAUCGGCACGUUGUAUAGUUGCAUGGAUUAUUGCUUUUGCCAGUGUGGAUCGUUAUUUAACAUCAUCUCCAAAUGUUCAACGACGUCAAAUGAGUAAACUGAAAAAUUCUUAUUAUUGUAUAUCAUCAAUUUGUAUUAUUUCAUUACUCAUUUGGUUGGAAGGUUUCUUUUGUUUCGAUGCAAAUCAAGUUGGUACCCCCAUCAAAUGUUAUACGACAUCAGAUGUAUGUCAAAUGUACAAUAAUCUCGCUAUUGCAUUCUUUAUCAUUAUUAUUCCAGUGAUUGUCAUGCUUGUCUUUGGUUUCAGUACCAUUAAAAAUAUUCAUGGCAAUCGACGAGUAACAACAAAUCUUAACAAUGAACAUACUGGUUCAACAAAUCGAAGAAGUGAAAGUAGUUUAACCAAAAUGUUACUUAUUCAAGUGUUAAUUCUCACAUUAUUUAGUUUACCACUUGCGAUAAUAACACUUUAUUUGUCAUGGACAUUUUAUCAACAAAAAGCAUUACUUCAACAAAUAAUCGAAGGUUUUCUUUUUAAUAUUUUUCUUCUAAUGGCAUUCAUACCGAACUGUAUAUCAUUCUGUCUUUAUACACUUAGUGGAAGUGUUUUUCGUCAAACAUUUAUUGAUAUUGGUAAAAGAACAAUGCGACGUUUACUAUGUUAUCACUAA